AUGCGGUUCGCAGCCUUUCCAGCCCUUUUCGUUUCUAGUUUGGCCAGCGCCGCCGCUUCUGCUGAAAAGCGAGACACCUCCAGCACUCCCUUUGACAUCUUUGAUGGACCAAACGAGCAGGAUACGCUGUAUAACGAUCCCGCCUCUAAGCUUGAGUACACGCUGUCAGGUGGUCAGCCUUAUCCCAACCCACUGUAUGCGGACCGUUUGGGAACCACUGGACCCCUUCUCCUGCAGUCUACCAAUCUGAUUGAACAAAUUGCUCACUUCGUUCGUGAGCGUGUGCCUGAACGUACUGUUCACGCUAAAGGUGGAGGAGCCCAUGGGUACUUUGAAGUCACCACCACGACUGGUGCCAACUACAGCAUGGCUGAUCUUUUCUCGACUGUCGGAAAGCGUACUCCUCUGACUGCACGUUUCUCAACCAUUGCCGGUAACCUCGGUAACGCUGACAGUGUCAGAGACCUUCGCGGCGCUGCUUUCAAGAUGCGCACGGAUGAGGGUAUCCUUGAUUGGGUUUUCCUUAACCACCCUGUUUUCUGGCUCCGUGACCCCGUUAAAUUCCCCCAUUUCAUUCGUUCGCAGAAGCGCGAGCCUCAAACCAACCUGUUGAACAAGAACAACUUCUGGGAUUACCUCUCGGGAAACAACGAAUCGAUCUAUCAGGUCAUGCGUACCAUGUCCGACUUGGGUACCCCUUACGGCUUCAGACAUAUGAACGCUUGGAGUGGCAACACCUUCCGUGCUAUCAAAGCUGAUGGUAGCUUCGUUUAUAUCAAGAUCUCGGCUUACACCGACCAGGGCGUGAAGAACAACACUGAAGCUGAGGCCGUCUUGCAGGCUGGCCAGAACCCCGACUUUGGUGUCCAGGAUCUCUUUGACUCCAUUGAGGCUGGCGACUUCCCAAGCUGGACCAUCUACUUCCAGACUAUGACCCCUAGUCAGGCUGAGGCGUACAAGUACAAUAUAUUUGAUCUUACCAAGGAAUGGCUCGUCGAUGAUGUCCCUCUCCAGGAAGUCGGCCGUAUUGUGCUUAACCAGAACCCCACCAACUUCUUCGCUGAGAUUGAGCAGAUCGGAUUCGACCCCUCUCAGAUGCCCAACGGUUUGGACUCCUCGGUUGACCCCACGCUCCAAGCUCGUUUGUUUGCCUACGGUGACGCCCAACGUUACCGCAUUGGUGUCAACCACAAGCAGCUCCCCAUCAACUGCCCUCUGAACCCCACUGCCAACUUCCUGCGUGACGGUUUCAUGAAUUUCAACAACCAGGGCAAACGUCCCAACUUCGUUUCUCAGCAAGACCCUCUGAACGUUGAGCCGAACCCCUACCCAAACGAGAACCACACCGUUUGGACUGGUACUGCCCUCCAGUACCUCAGCACGCCUUCUGAGAUCGACUUUGACUUGCCCCGUAUCUUCUGGAACGGUCUUUCCGCGAAUGACCAGGCAAACUUGAUCUCCAAUGUCAUUGGACAUCUCGGUCUUGCCACUGACCAGUCCAUCAAGGAUAAGCAGUGCGCGAUUUUCAACCACGUCAACGCGACUUUGGGUCAGGCGAUUGCCAAGGGUGUUAAUUGCACUCUUUCGUCGUAGAUGGUUUGUUAUUGAUAGAGGUAGAUACACUUGAAUUUUUAAUAUAAAAUUAGAAUUGGAAUCGUGCUUUAGG